AAACGAGAAUGGUGAGCUUGACCCGAUUCGUUUGCACUUGCACAUUCCAUGGUAACAGUAAGAACUGUUCAGCGACAGAAAGCAAAUAGAUCCCGACUUAGAUAAUGAAUACGAAGGUAUGACGGAUCAAGCGAGACACCUGUUGUCUGAGGUUGUGGUUGAAUACGAAAAGGUCAACCCUCGGGGGGUGUGGAUAUUUGGGAACAAAACAGGCCCAACAGUGCUGGAUGCACAUAUUGUAGCCUUUAUAGCGAGACUCAUUGACAUCCACCUCGAAGAUUUGGUCCCUCCCCAGUUGCAAACAUACGCAAAGGCGGUCAUGGAAUUACCGGAAUGGGGGACAGUCAUGCAAGGGAUGCCAACAGUCUGGAAUCCUUCCUUGGGCCCGAUAGAUCAACUAUAGACAAAUCAUUCGAAAUGUACUCGUCGUGAAUGUCCAAUUAUCGCAUCUCCCUCUUCGGUCGAGAUACCAUAUCAAAGGU